AGUGAAGAUGAGACCAUGGUUCCGGUACUAACGUCCAGAAAAGCCUCUGAACUCCCGGUUAAUGAAGUAGCGUGCAUCUUGCAGUUCAAAGAUCCCCUCAUCCUGCUGCUGCUCGCCUCGGCCGUCAUCAGCGUCGCCAUGCACCAGUUCGAUGACGCCAUCAGCAUCACUGUGGCCAUCAUCAUCGUGGUGACGGUGGCCUUUGUUCAGGAAUACCGAUCAGAGAAGUCCUUGGAGGAGCUGGGGAAGCUGGUGCCUCCAGAAUGUCACUGCAUCAGGGACGGACACCUGGACCACCUGCUGGCCCGGGAGCUGGUUCCUGGAGACACGGUGUGCCUGUCGGUGGGGGAGCGGGUCCCUGCAGACCUGCGUCUGUUCGAGGCCAGCAACCUCUCUAUAGACGAGUCCAGCCUGACGGGGGAGACUCAUCCCAGCACCAAGUCCACGGCCCCCCAGCAGCCCGCCUCCAACGGAGACCUCUCCUCCCGCUGCAACAUCGCCUUCAUGGGAACGCUGGUUCGCUGCGGCAAAGCCAAGGGCAUCGUCAUCGGAACCGGAGAGAACUCCGAGUUUGGGGAAGUGUUCAAGAUGAUGCAGGCUGAGGAGGCUCCUAAAACUCCUCUCCAGAAGAGCAUGGACCUGCUUGGGAAGCAGCUGUCGCUCUACUCCUUCGGCAUAAUCGGGGUCAUCAUGCUGGUGGGCUGGCUGCAGGGGAAGAGGAUCCUGGACAUGUUCACCAUCGGCGUCAGUCUGGCUGUGGCGGCCAUCCCAGAGGGCCUGCCCAUCGUGGUGACGGUGACGCUGGCGCUCGGAGUGAUGCGCAUGGUGAAGAAGAGAGCCAUCGUCAAGAAGCUUCCCAUCGUGGAAACUCUGAGCUGCUGCAACGUGAUCUGCUCAGACAAGACGGGGACGCUGACCAAGAACGAGAUGACGGUGACCCAGAUCUUCACAUCGGACGGACUCCACGCCGAGGUGACGGGGGUGGGCUACAACGGGAUCGGCGAGGUGCUGCUGGACGGAGAGAUCGUCCACGGCUUCUCCUACCCUUCCAUCAGCAAAAUUGUGGAGGUGGGCUGCGUGUGUAACGACUCGGUCAUCAGGAACCACAACCUUCUGGGCCGGCCCACAGAGGGAGCGCUCAUCGCCCUCGCUAUGAAGAUGGGCCUGGAGAGCGUGCACCAGGAGUACGUCCGUCUGGAGGAGAACCCCUUCUCCUCUGAGCAGAAAUGGAUGGCUGUCCGCUGCGUUCACCGCACUCAGCAGGACAAGACUGGCGUUUACUUUGUGAAAGGAGCCUACGAGCAGGUGAUCCGCUUCUGCAGCUCCUACAACAGCAGAGGAUCCGCUCUUCCUCUGAACCACCAGCAGAGGGAGCUCUACCAGCAGCAGAUCAGCUACAUGGGCACCUCGGGGCUCAGAGUUCUGGCCUUCGCCUCGGGGUCACAGAUGGGGAACCUGACCUUCCUGGGUCUGGUGGGCAUCAUCGACCCUCCCAGGGAAGGCGUCAAAGAGGCCGUCGCUACGCUCAUCAACUCUGGGGUGGCCAUCAAGAUGAUCACAGGAGACUCCCAGGAGACGGCGGUGUCUAUAGCGAGCCGUCUGGGCCUCUACUCCAAAGGAAGCCAGUGUUUGUCAGGAGAGGAGGUGGAUCAUCUGGACCUGCAGGAGCUGUCCAACGUUGUUCCCAGAAUCGCCGUGUUUUAUCGAGCCAGUCCCAGGCACAAGCUGAAGAUCGUCAAGUCGCUGCAGAACCUCGGCGCUGUGGUGGCCAUGACGGGCGACGGCGUUAACGACGCCGUGGCCCUGAAGGCCGCCGACAUCGGUGUGGCGAUGGGCCAGACCGGCACUGACGUCUGCAAGGAGGCGGCCGACAUGAUCCUGGUGGACGACGACUUCCAGACCAUCAUGUCGGCCAUCGAGGAGGGAAAAGGGAUUUACAACAACAUCAAGAACUUUGUCCGCUUCCAGCUGAGCACGAGCAUCGCGGCGCUGACGCUCAUCUCCUUGGCAACGCUGAUGAACUUCCCCAACCCUCUGAAUGCCAUGCAGAUCCUGUGGAUCAACAUCAUCAUGGAUGGACCGCCCGCUCAGAGUUUGGGGGUGGAGCCUGUGGACCGUGACGUCAUCAGGAAGCCGCCUCGGAACGUGAAGGACAGCAUCCUGACCCGCAGCCUGCUGGUUAAAGUUCUGGUGUCGGCGUUCAUCAUCGUCUGCGGGACGCUGUUUGUCUUCUGGAGAGAGUUGCAGGACAACGUGAUCACUCCUCGAGACACCACCAUGACCUUCACCUGCUUCGUCUUCUUCGACAUGUUCAACGCUCUGAGCUCGCGUUCUCAGACUCGAAUGGUCCAUGAAAUGGGUCUGUGCAGCAACAGAACCUUCUGCUACGCCGUCCUGGCCUCCAUCAUGGGGCAGCUGCUCGUCAUCUACUUCCCUCCUCUGCAGAGCAUCUUCCAGACGGAGAGCCUCAGCAUCCUGGACCUGCUGUUCCUGCUCAGCCUCACCUCCUCGGUGUGCGUCGUGUCAGAAGUCAUCAAGAAGGUGGAGCGGUGCCGAGGAGCCGAGCGCCGCCCCCCCUCUGACCCCUCCCUGGAUGUAUGACCCCGCCCCCUUCGGCUCUGUGUGCUGAUUGGUGGAGGACGAUGUCUGGAGGGUCUCACCUGGCAGCACUGACUCUUUUUUUCCUCUGUGAGGUCCUCAGAGUGGCUGUCCAGUCUGGGACUGGAUGUGUUUGGGUUUAUUGGAGCGGAGCGGCCCGCCGCCGUUCACUGGAGCAGCUUCCUGUUUGUGAAACGCUGCGCUGCUUCGCUUUGAACCCCUUUGGGUUCGUGUUCAGCAGACUGUGGAGGUGUAACCGUACAGUUUGGACUCAGACAGGCUGCAGCCUCUAAACGUCUCAGUUUAUUCUCUGGGUUCUGAGGACAAACGUCUGGGAUCGGCGUGAAGCUGGUUCUGACCUCUGUGACCCGGAACCUCAGCAGGAUUCUCCUCUGGAACGCCAAGCUUCAGAGUCUGGAUCCUUGCAGAGGAAAAGUUGCUGAAAUCAUUCCAGGUUUGUUUUUUUUUUCCCCUCCGCUGGAACGCCACUUCCUCGGAUCCCAGAAAUAUUCCAGCCUCAUCUUCCGCUGCUCUGCAGGUUGUUUUGUCCUAAUUCUGCUGCUCCGGCAGAACCUCAUGUAAACGGUUCUGGUACCACCCACACUACAGCUGGUUGAUAUUUACGCUAAAGAACCUGCAGGCUGGGAGGGAUCCGGAACCAGAUUCCCAGCUGGAUCCAAACAGGGAUCCUAUCCUCCGUUUGACGGCGCGUCGUAUCGUUACACCUCCACUGGUUCCCGCUCCGGUUUUGGUUCUUUCCUGUUUCACUUCCUGAUGCCAAACAUGCGGUUCUGCAGGGUCCAAAUGGCAACGCUUCCUCAUCUGGUGCCUUAGAGAAGCCACGGAUGCUUGGAAGGAUCUCCGUAGUUUCAGGUCCUGCUCCGGCUCCCCCUGUGGUCCAAAAAGAGAAGGCGUCCCGAUGCGUUCUGGCUGAUCUGUGGGCUGUCUCCGUUUUAUUUAUUUCUAAAAGGUCUCUGCUGCUGUUUCCCCAAAAAA